AUGUCCUUCAAGUCAAAACAGAGAGCCAAACAUGGCCAUUUAUUUGGCGAUGAUCCUCUCAACGCAACGCUCGUCGCUGCCUCAGACGAUCCAUUGUUCUCUCCUGCCAUGAGCAGCAAAGCUCAGAGUCAAAGCAGUCGAACCAAUUCACCUAGUAUUGCCAAUGAUCCACUCUCGCGUUCAACAGAUACCAGCAGCAGCACGCCACUAUCGCCUGCUCGUCGUAGUGCAACGACAAAGUCCAGCCCAAGUAGCAGUAUUUUUGGAGAUAUCGAUGUCUCUAAAUUGGGCACAUCUAAUGGUAAGAAACAUACAAUGCGUUCUCCUGCUUUGAGAAGCAAGCAGUACGAUGUGGAAGAUGAAGAGGAUUUAUUUGGCGGUGGACAUAGAACAAGGAAAUCCUCCAAAGUGACGACGCCGACACCCUCCGUAAAGAGCCCAACGACGCAUCAACAAGAUAUACCAGCAGUAAAGAAAGCAAGCACAUCGCCUCCCCCACCUUCAGUACCCUCGCCAUUACCUUCAUCACCAGUUAUUCAACAGCAAAAAGCAGCAGUAGUGCAGCAAAAGCAGCCCACUGUGAGUAAACCAGUGCUGGAGCAGCCUGUGCAGCAGCCUGCCAAGAACGAGACAUCUGCAGUCAAAGAAGAAAAGCCAACAGUGUCUUCAUCCUCGUCUUCAUUCUUUCGUUUUUUCAAAUCAUCCAACAACAACAGUAAUGCCAAUUUAAAAAAUGCGUCAUCUGCCUCUUCCAUUGCCUCUGUAAAUGCACCCUUUCCUAUUGUUGCAAAGGAUCAUGACACUGUAAAUAGUACGACUACAACAACAACCCCCCUUCCACCACCACCAGCGCCUCCAAUGGGUCAAUCGGCACCAGCACCAUCACCUCUAUCACAGCAACAACAACAACAGCAGCAGCCAAUGCAAAGAUCAACUGGUAUUCAGCAAAGGCAGGUAGUAGCACAGAAGGAGGAGGAAGAUGAGGAGGAAGAAGAAGAAGACAAAGAACCGAUGCCAAUCAUUGAGGAUGAAGCAACACGGGCAUUUGCAGAGGAUAAUGUCAUUUCGUUCAAGCCCUCGUUAUUAAAUUAUAGAGCCAUCUCACCUGAAUUGACCAUGGACGCACUCAAGAUUGAUAUACCUACGCACACACCCACCUCAAAAAAGCUGGUACCUUCCAUUAGUACACCAACCAACAAUGUGGACGAUCCAUGGUCCAACCCACUUUUAAUGCAGCCUACAGUGGAACCGUCCAUCAGCUCGCCAUUAGCGGUAAAAGUACAAGACAUUGAGCCACAGAAACGAACCGCAUUUGCAGACUUGAUCAACAGUUGGAACACGGGCAAAUCCAACAACAAGGAAUACACAAACAAUCAAGAUCCCAAAGAAUUUUUUGAUCAUGUCGCUGAAGAAAGACGUGAUGUUGGUUUUGCUGGUAUUCGGGAACAUGAUGAUGACGACGAAGAUGAAGGCCAUUAUCGUCGUCAACAGCAACUGGAUUAUCAAGAUGAAAUCAAUCCAUGGAAUUAG